AUGACAUUCUAUGAUGAGAUGGAUCUCAUGAAAAUCGAGGACUUCCUUGGACGAAUUCAACAUUAUCAAAGCAGUAACGGAAAGAGAGAACACUGUACGGACUGUGGCUGGAUCGCAUCGAAAAUCGAAGCUAUGUACGAAAAGGCAAAGGAGUACGCAAAAAUGAGAAUGGCAGAUGAUGACGUCGUCGAAUGGAACACUCUCAUUCUGGAGGUUCUCGACAUGCAAAAUUGA